AGAUAAAUAUUGCUAGCGGAGUAGCUACAAACUGAGUAAGCUCAGUGACUGUAACAGCAAACCGGAAGUCGUUCUGUUUGAGAACGACAUCGACGUUCGUCUAGUUUCAGAUCCACGAAGUUUCGUCGAUGAAUUGAAAUUACUUGAAGAAAAGGAAUCGUAGUAAGCAGUCAAGAUGAGUAGCAGAGGUAGCCCCAUGGGCAACCUGGUCUUCAAAUGGGACCCCAAAAACCUGGAGAUCAGGACCUACUCAGUGGAGAAGACACUAGAACCACUGGUCAUGCAGGUCACAACUCUGGUCAAAACACAGCCGUCAAACCGGAAGAAAGGCCACUCAAAGAAAGCUCAUGUCUUGGUAGCAGCAGUCGCCAAGGCAACAGAGGCAUUCAUUAAAAAGGGAGAGGAGAUUGCCAACGAGAUAAAAGAGAUCCGAGAGCAGAUGCUGGAGACUGUGGAAGACGUCCGUGAGAAAGGUGAGAUCAUGCACAAGGCUUCAUCAGAGUUUGCCGAUGACCCUUGUUCGUCCAUGAAGCGAGGUGCGAUGACCCGCGCAGCUCGUAACCUCCUGUCUGCCGUGACAAGACUCCUCAUCAUGGCCGACAUGGUGGAUGUCCAUCUGCUGCUCAAAUCUCUGAAAGUUGUUGAAGGAGAUCUUGCCCAGAUCAUGAGGUCCAACAACCAGCAGGACCUUGCCUCCAGCUUCAAGACCUUCGGCAAGGACAUGAUGGAGUUCAACAAGCUCCUGGCCCGCCGACAGAACGACCUGAAAGACCCACGACAGAGAGAUGAGAUGGCGGCAGCUAGAGCUGACCUGAAGAAACACAGCACUAUGCUGCUCACGGCCUCCCAAGCAUACCUGCGUCAUCCUGAUGUCCCAGCUGCCCGCGAGAAUCGGGAUUUUGUCGUCAAGCAGCUAGAGGGCGCUAUGAACACCAUCUCCAGUGUGUCUCAGGCCCGUUCAGACCAGCCACCGCUUCACGCUGAUGUAGGAGGAACUGGGGAGCUGAUCGCUGCACUGGAUGAUCUUGACCGUAAGAUCAAGAUGAGUCCUUCCGAGUAUAAUGAGAUACGGACCCGCCCUUCCCUGGAGGAGCAACUUGAGAGCAUCAUCAGUGGUGCCGCACUGAUGGCAGAUUCCUCCUGCACCAGAGACAAUCGUAGGGAGAGGAUCGUGGCUGAGUGUAACGCAGUCAGGCAGGCUCUGCAGGACUUGCUGUCUGAAUACAUGGACUGUGCUGGCCGUAAAGAUCGUAGCGACCCCCUGGAUCAAGCCAUUGAUCACAUGUGCAGCAAGACAAAGGAUUUACGCAGACAGCUGCGUAAGGCAGUCGGUGACCACGUCUCAGAUACCUUCUUGGAGACCAACAUGCCCCUGCUGGUACUCAUCGAGUCGGCCAAGAGCGGCAACGAGAGAGAGACAGAACACUACGCUGGCGUCUUCAGAGAGCACGCUCAGAAACUGGUUGAGGUUGCUCAUCUGGCCUGCUCCAUGUCUAACAAUGAGGAAGGAGUCAAGAUGGUGCGCAUGGCAGUGGCACAGAUUGAGACCCUCUGCCCACAGGUGAUCAAUGCAGCUCGUACUCUAGCUGCCCGCCCACGGAGCCAGGUUGCCUUGGAGAACAUGGACGUCUUCAAGGUUCAAUGGGAGACCCAGGUCAAAGUAUUGACUGAGGCGGUGGAUGACAUCACAACUAUCGAUGACUUCCUGGCUGUCUCGGAGGGUCACAUUCUGGAGGAUGUCAACAAAGCUGUCAUGGCUUUACAGAUGGCUGACGUAGACAGUCUGGAUAGGACAGGUGGAGCCAUCAGGGGGCGGGCUGCUCGCAUCUGUGCCGUCGUGGAUGCUGAGAUGCAGAACUAUGAACCGGGCCUGUAUACUGAUAAGGUCAAGGAGGCUUUACUGGUGCUUCAAGAUCAAGUCAUGCCUCACUUCUCUGGAAAGAUGGAGGGCGCCGUUUCUGCGCUUAACUCCAACAAUCCCCAAGACGUGGAUGAGAAUGAAUUCAUUGACGCGUCCCGCAUGGUGUACGACGGAGUCAGAGAUGUGCGAAGGGCUGUGCUUAUGAAUAGGUCGCUUGAGGAAAUGGAGACUGAUACAGAAUAUGAUGAAGAAGAGUAUGAUGCCAAGAGCAAAUCGAGCUAUAAGACUGAGAUGACAGAGGAAGAUGUUGACGUAACUGAGGGAGUCACUUCAAGGGCCAUGAUGCGUGAUCUUCCAGAGGUUGAGAAACAGAAGAUCAUUGAGCAGGUGGAGCUGUUCCGCAUUGAGAAGGAGAAACUAGACCUAGAGAUGGCUAAAUGGGACGACACAGGCAAUGAUAUCAUCAUCCUAGCCAAACAGAUGUGCAUGAUCAUGAUGGAGAUGACUGACUUCACACGUGGUCGAGGGCCACUCAAGACCACCAUGCAUGUCAUCAAUGCAGCCAAGAAGAUUGCCGAGGCUGGCUCUAAGUUGGACAAGUUGGCCAGAACCAUUGCUGAUAUGUGCCCAGAUUCGUCCUCCAAGAACGACCUGAUUGCGUAUCUGCAGCGUAUCGCCCUCUAUUGUCAUCAAUUGAACAUCACUAGCAAGGUGAAGGCGGAGGUGCAGAACAUUAGCGGAGAACUGGUGCUAUCUGGGUUGGAUAGUGCCACAUCCCUGAUCCAAGCCGCUAAGAACCUGAUGGGUUCCGUGGUGCUGACUGUCAAAGCGUCCUACGUAGCAUCCACCAAAUACUCCAGACUCAUGAAGAACAUGGAUUCCGUCAAUUCUCCCGUGGUCUCCUGGAAGAUGAAACCCCCAGAGAAGAAGCCUCUGGUCCGUCGGGAGAUUCCCGAGGAGACCCAAGUCAAAGUUCGCAAGGGUCAGAAGAAGCAGCGCAUCAACCCUGUGCAGGAGCUUAGCAUCUUCAAAGAAAAAUAAAAGACUCCUUCUAAGAAAUUGGAGGAUGAUUUUAACAUGCCCCUUUCAGACUUGUGCUCCAGAGUCAGGCAAAACCAGUGUCAUAGUUGAGUCCAUCACAAGUCCACAAAGGUCAUCGAUUCCUAAAGUCAACUCACAAGCUGGUCAUUUGAACAGUGACAAAGACAUACCUUUGUCAUUGUUCAUCCCCUGUUACUUGUGACUGGACUUGUGAAAUGUCUUGGGAUUUACCUGUGACUUUAGUUACUCCUUACUUUUCCAAACCUUUAACCUUAUUUAAAUCUUUGGAAUAAUUGAGUUCUUUGCGAAUCUGGAGUGCCGGUGUGAACUGUGCUUAAAUGAGAAGUUCAGGACAUGGACACACAGAAGUGUGAAAUUAGUUAUUCUUACAUGUUUGAUAUCAUAAUAUCAAGCAAUACAAAUCUGAAAAAUGUGUUUUUAUGUAAAGUUUAAGCAUAAUGUUCUGUGCAGAGAAAGGAAAGUAGCUUAAUAUCAGAAGAAACGCAAAGAUUUUAGUACAAGUUGCUUCAAGAAAAGAAUACAAAAUUCCUAUAUUAUACUGGAAAAUGGAAUGUUCAGUACAGUGACAUACUGGUCGGCAAAAAUGAUUAUGAAAAAUGAAAGCCAGUUUGAAUGUUUAAUCUGACAUUUAAUAUUCAGUUUGUGUUUUUUUUUAAUAAUGUGUGCUGGACUUUGUUUAGGUGAAUAAAACUGAUAUGUUCCAAAGCUUACCUGCAUGAGAUUUAUGCCUACAAAACGUAUUAGAAAAAAGGUUGUAUCCUUGCAGUUUCCUGGCUUAAAGUUUGACUUCUGCAGUUAAUCAGAUUAAUAUUGAGAGUUUGGGAACGUCUUGCUUUUCUGAAAUUCUGGUAUGCCAACAUGAAUUAUUAGAAAUUUGAAAAAAAAGUAGCUUUUUCAGAAAGAUUCAUUUUUUCAGCAGAGUUUAAAUAUUAAUAAUGUUUGAAAAUACCUGUAAAUGUAGCAGACAAUUCCAUUUUCAUUAGAAUGAGUAACUGUUCGGUGUAUCACAAUGAAGGGCUGAAUAUGCUCUGUCUUUAAGGAAAACAAUUAAUUUAAUAAAUCUUAAGAUUCAUUUCGUUGUAUCCAGUCCAGUUACCCAAAAAGAUUUGAUUUAUAGAACUGUGACUUGGGAGUGUUUAUGCCUCAAUUUUAAUAGACAUAUUUUGGUUUUACAUUUUGCUUUUUUUUAUCUUGAUAGUCUAGGUAGUGACAAUGUGAAGAGAAAAUGGCGCGAAAGCCAGUGCUAGCUAAGUGAUUUGAGUAUUAAAAUGUAUCUCUGAAGCUCAUGGUAAAACUCACAGAGUUUAUUUAAUCAGAACUAAUGUUAAAUAGCUAGCAUAAAAUUACAUUUUAAUGUUUCGGCAAAAGCGAUACCGCUGUGAUAACUUUGAUGUGUUUGUAUAUAGAGAGAGAGAAACUUAGCAAUCUUUGCAGAGAUUGAAAAUUGCCUGGAAAAAUUCCUUUGGUGCUGUAGGUAUGAAGGUUCAUUUUAAUAAAGCAUACACUAAAAAGAAGGUUUUUUAAUGUACAUACAGAAUGCAUUUUUAAAAGUACUAUUAUAAAUGGAUAGGUCAAAGCUAAGUUAAGCAAAGCUAAAAGCUUGCAUUUUGCAUUGUAUUCUUUUAGUUACGUAUUCAUUUUGGUUUACACGCUCCGAUUUCUUUAUUCUAUAAAUUUACUUUUCAUCCAUUUUUCAAGCUUUGUGCAUUUUAGCAAGAUUGGUUUUCAAUUGCAGAAGAACUUCCAGAGAAAUCCAGAUUUGUAGAGUGUUAUUCAGUUUAUUGAGGAUUAUUCGAGAUUUGUGGAGGAUUAAUCAAGGUGUAUGGAACACUUCUCAUGAUUUGUGGACGAUUAAUGCAAAUUACUGAGGAUAAUGCAAGCUUAUCCUGCAUUAAUCCAUGUUUAUAAAGGUAUAAUCCAGAUUAGUGGAGCAUUUAAUCCUGACUAGUUACAGAGCAUUAAUCAAACGUUUUAGAACAUUAAUCCAGAUUAAAUAAUUAUUACCAGUCAAAAUUUCAAAAGAAGAAAUAAGAAUACCUGUGUAAAAUCCCCCCCCCCCAAAAAAAUCUCUCAGUAGUUUCCAUGCAAAAAAAUUCAUAAUAGUAUGGUAAGCGCAGCCAAAUCAUGAGUUUUUAAAUGCCAUUCCAAUUUUAACUUUUAUUUUGUACAUUAGUUCGUUUUAAAAGAAAAAUCUUCCGGAAUUCUAUUGUAAAGUGUAGUUUUGCUAUUUAGUAGUCAGCAGAUUUGUGUUCAAAAUCGCUCUCGUGAAGGAAUAUUUUGUUUUGCAUAAAAUAAGUACUAUCCUUGUAACUGAAGAAUAUGAAAUGCAUGUAUAAGCUGAAUCCAUAGCAUGUAAAAAAAACCCAAAUAUUGUACAAGUUAUUUUUUCUUCUUUGCUUUUUUUUACGAGUGCCUUUUGUGCCUUUGGUUUGUGCUUUGUAGGAUUAUUUGUUGAUUUAUUUGUGUUUACAUAUCAUUUCCAUAUUUCAUCAACAUUGAGGAGAUAGACUCGUCUGUGUCGAGUUUCAAAACAAGAAAAUGUAACACUCAUUGUCUCUUGUUAAUUUGUAGCGAUGGUUAGAGUUUGUAUAUGCAGUCUUACAUGUAUUACCGAGUUUUUUGCUAACUUGCCAGCGCACAGGAAAUUGAUUCGAUUAUAAUGUUAAUUUUCUUUUUUAAAUUUGAAAUGGAAAUGGGAAAAAUUAGAACAAAAAGGUUGGAGCAAAUAAGUCAAGCAUGACAGAGCCUCAAAAACCAAACUGGGGUCUUGUCCUGUUUUUUUUUUUUAAUGAAGCCCAGAGGAUUGAAAAACAUUGACAAGUUAAUUUAAUAAAGACACGUCUCUGCAUCAGUUAAACUGACUAGAAGGACAAUUUUGUUUGUAGUAGUUCUAAGCCCCAUUAGUACAGUACUCUUUUGAAUGCCAAAGAAAAUCAGUUUUGUUGUAAUACACGUAAAUUGUAAUGGGAAAUAAAUUCUGCUCAGCACCUCGCUUGUACAAAA